CCCCUCCACCUGGUAGUACUUACGUGCUGUUCGUGAGGUGCAGCCCCUGUUCACUUAUCAUGUCCUUAAAGUUUUUGGUGUUCCUAGGCUCUACUCGGGAAGGCAGGUUGGGUGAGAACGUAGCAAAGUGUGUGGUGAAAAAACUGCAAGCUCUCUCUCACCAAGCAGAGAUGAUUGAUCCACUCUCACUGGAGAUGGAUGGACACCUACGCCAGCCGCUCCAUUUCCGCCCUGACCAAAGUCAAGCCCCAGAGUGGAUGAAGGAAACUAACGGCAAAAUCCAGGCAGCUGAUGGAUUGGUGGUGGUGACUCCAGAGUACAACUGUGCCCUUCCCCCGGCGCUCACUGCCACCAUGGACCAGUUCCCACCUGCAUCGUACAAACACAAGCCAUGUGGGAUUGUUAGUUACUCUGUAGGUUCCUUUGCGGGUGUGCGUGCAGCAGCCUUGGCUCGGCCCUUCCUUAGGUGAGCUGGGUAUGAUUAGUGUCCCUCAGGGAUGCUCCAUUUCAGAGGUGCAAGGGAAAUUCACCGAGGAAGGAGAGUGUUCGGAUGAGAGGACGGACAAGAGACUCGCAAAACUGGUCAAUGAACUAGUAUGGUAUGGAUCAGCCAUCGCCAGCAAGAAGGAAAAGGAUGGUCUCCCUGAAUAGGAGUGAUGUAUUGCUCCGACCAGUAGAAAAUUAAAAGCAUCCCAAUUGAAGAGAUCAUUCAACUUGUAAACUAUGGUUCUAAGGUUCACACAGUUUCAUUAGUAGUUUUCUUUUUCUGGUAGUGUUCUGGUUUUCUAUUGAAAUGAAUGUGAAAUUAAUUGCCAAUUUGUAGAAAUUUAAAUCAGUUGAUGUUUUAGUCCUAAAAAAAAAAAAAAGCUUUGCAUAUAAUUUCACAGCAAACAUUGACAUAUCGGGCCAGUUCUGGAAAGUAAUGGUUAUCUGAUGUUAAUAACAGAUAAUGGCCCACAUAUACUAAGUCUGUAUUAGCACAAUAUUUGAUUUACUAUACAUGUUAAUACCAGAAUCCAUGAACUGGAUCUUAAUUGGCUCAAUGUUUGACACACAGUAUCUGAAAAUAUCUGAUAUCUGUCAUUGGUUUUAUUAAGGGGAAACACUGGAUAUCCAACAUGUUUAUGGAUGUAUUAUGGAUUAAUGCCACAGCCAGCGAACUAAGAUGUCAUGGAUUCCUGGAAUGAUUGAAGUGAAUUAAAGUGCCCAAAUAAAGUAAAAAAAAAAAAAAAAAAAUAAUAAUAAUAAAAUGAAAUUAUGUUUCAGCACAUUUUGUAGGUAUAGAAAUGCGGAUAAGAAAAUGAAUGCAUAAAUUUAGCGGUUUAUUCUUUAUGCAGUAUAAUGUUAACUGAAAAUAGGAAAUAAAGGUAAAGUUCUUCAGGUCUUCGCAAGCGACUUGGAAACAAGCAUUUUCUGGCGCAUUCCUUUCGUGCAGGUCUGGGAGCUUUGGAACCUUAGAACUACCCGGCCAGGAAGGUUUCUAAGCGCUUGCGAGACUUGUGGAUGGGAAGCGGGGCGGUGCGGAAGACAGCCAGUUUCGGCCAGUGAUGUAAACAUGUUAGAUGAAAACAAGCUGAUGUGUGUGUAUUGUUUUCAAUAAAAUCUUGAACAUACAGAAUUAUUUGCAUAAAAGUCAGUAAUGAGUGAAAACCAUUAUUAAAACUGUACCAUGAAUUGUUUCAAAUUAAGAGAAUAGUAACAUUUGCUUACAAAUCGCGUGGAACAGUCCAGCCUUCCAGUGGCAUGCGGUUUUUUAGCAGGGUAGGUAAAGAUGUCUAAAUGGCCUUCCUGUCUUGGGCCACGACUUCCAACACAUCAUUGUGUUCAGGUACAAUGCCAUAAUGCAGUGUGAGGUCAUGUUUGAUACAACCAAUUCAUGUUAAAAUACUCUGCAGAGUGGCUUGCAUGAAGUAGGAAAGGUCUGAAGAAGCGAUACACACACGGGAUAGAAUGUUCCCUUAACAUGGAGGAAUCUGAACAACAGGGCAAUGGACCUCUCGCCACCUGUGACCUGAACAGCUGCUAGAUGUGCUACCUACACCACAGUUUCUCCUUGCUCCAUAAUCGUUAAUAAUAGACCAUAUUUCAUUAUAUUAUAAUACUUGCAGUCUGUCUAGACAUAAUAGGAUAAUAAAUAGGGAUAUCUAAGAGAUGAAUGCACCCAAAAUGUGGAAAUAGUGUGAAAAUACCAGCAAAAAGAUGUUUUGACAUUUCAUAAAUGCUGUAUGUGCAGUACCAUGCAGCAAGUUUUACUAGUCAUAUUUGGCAUCAUUCUGAUCCAGUGUCAUAGGUUUUAGUGACCAGCUAGUUUCAAGUGACCAAAUGCACGCGCAGCUGUAUGUUCAUUGCCAGACGGAAGACUCAUUUACUUCCAGAAACGGCAGUGCACAGACCUUCCUGGAGUCCCUCUUAAAUAAGGAUUCUCUUUAAUGUCGGAAGAACAUUUAGGCAUUGGCCACAUCACGCAAUUUUUCUUUAAUAUAUCAGUUCUUACUUUUUAUUGGAAUUCAAAUAUUAGAUAUAGAUCAUUUAGCUUAUCAAACCAUUCGGUACUGCGAAUGGUUCGGGUUUUAAGAUAAAAGGACACUGAUCUAAUUAGCAUUACCUAACCUAACCUAAAUGAUAUGUAGCAGUACCUAACCUAACAUUACCUAAUUUAACCUAUAUGAUAUGCCUACUACUGCUGCUGUCGAAUGGUGUCAGCUGAAGACAUCUGUUCGUUGCCAUGGCUGCAUCAUAUGUCUGGCGGUAAAAAUGGGGCUGAGCGAGCACUUCAUCACUUGAAACUAGCUGGUCACUCGAUCCUACUACACCAGAAUGUCUUACCUAGGCUACAACAUAUUGCUAUAUGCCUCUUCUUUCAAUGUAACAACAACUAAACAAGAAUAACUAAUG